UCCAGACUCCUGAGCCUGGACGUGUCAUCACUGGAAGAUGUGUACUGGCUGGAAGACCGGACGGCGCAGCAUGUGCUUGACCCCAAGGACUUCGGCGCGUGGUCGGCGGCGCGCCAGAGCCUACCCACCGGCAAGGAGGCGCUGCAGACGCUUAAAGGCGAGCUGUGGAGCGCCGUCGUCAAGAACAGCAAGCACCAGGACGCUUGGACGUGGGGCGGGAUGCUGGUGGUGUCGGUGUCCGUGUGCGGGCUGGUGACGCUGGCGGCCAUGACGCAGCCGUCGCUGGCGCCCGAGGCCAAGCACUCGCUGCUGCAGUACGUCACCGGCAAGUACCUGCACCCGCCCAGCUGCAGGGUGGAGUGGGGUUGGCAGGACCCGCACGUGGUGGGCGAGACCAUGUGCCUGACGGUGCUGUGCUUCCAGCGCAACGGCCAGCCCUACCCCAUCUGCGACACCGACGAGCUCACCGUCAUCGUCUCCCACGGCACCAGGAAGAUCACGCCGGUGCUGGAGCUGGGCUCGGGCGACCCGGCGCGGGCGCACACGGCGCGCGUCAAGUUCACCGUGCGCAUCGCCGGCCUCUACAUCAUCUCCGUCACUAUAGGGGGCGCGGGCGUCUGCGGCAGCCCGUUCCGGCGGCGCUUCCUGGCGGGCGCGGUGUGCGCGCGCCUGUCGCGGGUCGGCCGCGCCCACGCCGCGCUCGUGUGCACCGCCACGCACGACAAGACGCUGCACAUCCACCCGCGCGACCAGUACGACAACCCGGCGCCGCUCGCCGCCGCUGACGUCAGCGACUUCACAGCGAAGAUAAACCUCCUGGGGGAAGAAGAAGAUGAGAAGCUAUCGUCCAUGGUGUCGUUUGCAUACGACUCGGUGAACCAGCGCGUUAGUAUGGCGCUAUGCUUCCAAGAGCCCGGCGUGUACCUGGCGCGCGUGUCGUGCGCCGGCGUGCUGCUGCUGCACGGCCAGUUCCACUGCAUCGUGCUCACAGCGAGCGACACAGCCACAGUCUCCCGCAACAUGUCUGCCAAGCGGCACGGCGUGUGCUACGAGGCGCGGCUGGCCGGCGCCAAGCCUCGGCGCGUUCUGUGCUGCCUCAGCCCUAAGCAGCUCAUCGUCAAGGACUACAUCCUCAAGUUCAUCCCUAAGCGCAUCACCUCCUUCCGUCUGUGCCCGUCCACUAAGCUGAUCCUGGCGCCGCGGCCGCUGGGCGCGGGCCCGGGCGGCGAGUUCUGUGUGGAGGACGGCGUGCAGGCGCCGCUGAAGCUGUGGGCGCCCGAGCGCGACCUGCUCGCCGCCACCUUCACGCACCUGCUGCUGGCCAACUGCGGCGGCGAGGACACCUUCAAGAACAAGCAGGACUACUUCUACAGCGAGCUGCGCAAGCUGCACGCGCGGCACCCGCACGACAAGCUGGCCGUGCGCGUGCUGCGCGACCAGCUGUUGGCAUCCAGCCUCAAGGCCACCAAGCACUUCACGCGCGCCGACUGGUGCAAGAGUUUCGAUGUCACCUUCCAGGGAGAGCAAGGCGUGGACUGGGGCGGCGUGCGGCGCGAGUGGUUCUCAUUGCUGUGCGGACAGCUGUUCGACGCCAAGCUCGGGCUGUUCGUGUCCUUCCACGACGCGCCCGGCGGGCUCGUGCACCCCAACCCCAACCGCCCGCCGCACCUCAAGCUGAAGCACUUCGAGCUGGCGGGCAAGGUGGUGGGCAAGUGCCUGUACGAGUGCGCGCUGGGCGGCUCCUACCGGCAGUUCGUGCGCGCGCGCCUCACGCGCUCCUUCCUCGCGCAGAUCAUCGGCCUGCGCGUGCACUACCGCUACUUCGAAUCUGACGAUCCCGAGCUAUACCUGUCGAAGAUCAAGUACGUUCUGGAGACGGAUCUGGACGCGGCCGACGGCGUGCCCGAGCUGUACUUCGCCGACGACGAGUACGACGCCGCCGGCCGCCUGCGGGCCACGCGCGAGCUGCUGCCCAACGGCGCCAACAUACGGGUUCGGAACAGCACGAAGCUACAAUACGUGGACCUGCUGGCGCAGUGGCGGCUGGCCGUGCGGUGCCGCGCCGAGACCGACGCCUUCCUGCGCGGCCUGGCGCUGCUGGUGCCCGACAACCUGCUGGCGGCGUUCGACGAGAUGGAGCUGGAGUUGCUGGUGUGCGGUUCGGGCGAGCUGUCCGUGGCCGACUGGCGCGCGCACGCACGAGCGGCCGGCGGCGGCCGCGACUGGGAGCGCGUGCUCGCCUGGUUCUGGGCCGCCCUGCACGCGCUCACGCCGCCCGAGCGCGCCCGCCUGCUGCACUUCAGCACCGGCUGCAGCCAGCUGCCGCCCGGCGGCUUCCAGGAGCUGAACCCGCGCUUCCAGAUCACGCCGGCGCCCAACUUCGGCGCGCUGCCCACGGCGCACACGUGCUUCAACCAGCUCUGCCUGCCCGACUACGAUAGCUACGAGCAGCUCGUCAAGGCGCUGUUGUGGGCGAUCAACGAGGGCGGCGAGGGGUUCGGGAUGAUCUAACUUGUAUACACAUACAAUGUUUUACCACGACUCUAAGGCUGGUUUUAGAGUCACGCUGACGCACGCUGAACGUCAGCG